AUCUACUUACUCGACAAUCAUCUCAACCUUCAUUAUUCGCUUUCAUCGAUGUUUUAGACAACUCACUCUCCCCCUUCAUCAAGGGAUAUGCAAUCCGAUUGAGCGCCUACUUAUGUAGGUGGGCACCAGUGCCUAACCAUCGACCUUGGGCUGAUGCUGGUGGGAUUACGUAUCAUUUCUUGGAUUGAGUCAACCCGCUUUGACAUUGCAGUAAAGAAUUCCAUCACUCGCUUCACGCAUUUAUAUUGGUGUAUAUGAAAUAUCUAUACGGCUCAAGAUGGCUUCUCGAUACUUAGAGAAAGGGGUAUCUAACACCGCUGUCCGUCAUCAUAAUUAUGAUCAUAAUGGGUUAAGUUGGCGCGAGGAACUACCACCCAUCACCAAUGAAAGCCGAAUGAAAUUCAAACUGAUAUUGACUCUACUUGGCUUAAUUUCAUUCACUUGGUUUACAAGGUUGGACUUUGGGCAAUGGCUCGUGGCGGCUCCGAGCUUGAGGCAAAUUAUUCGAUCAGAUCUUGAACAGCCCCAAAGCUCCUCUACUACAACUUCUGCUACAAUUUUCGCUCCACUGCAAACUCGACCCGUCCUAGAAUGUUUUCAGGUUGCGUCACCCGUGCUGGGUCCUGACGGGCCAUUUCCCCCUCCAGCAACUGGCGGCGGGUACGACACCACCAACAAUCGUGCUGCCGAUGAGCCUUGCUCAGUUAUAUUGAUGGAACAUGUUUUCGCAUUUAGCUACGGCAUGCCUUUCGUUGGAAAUUAUACCCCGCCAAGUUGCCAAUUCAAUCGAGUUGUCAUGAACUUUACUGUCGUGUCGGAGGGCCGCCAAUUUGAUCGGCUAGCAUUGAUGUACUUUGGUGAUACUGAAGUGUGGCGAACGUCAACUGCGGAGCCAACACAACCCCCUGGGAUUCGCUGGACAUUUUUGAAGGAUAUGACGGAGUACAUGUACUUUUGGAAAUCGCCUCAGAAAUUAAUAUUCGAUUUAGGCAACUUGAUGGACGAUAAAUACACCGGGUCAUUCAAUGCUACUCUAACAGCUACCUUCUUCGUAGCAGAAGUAGAGACUGAUGCGGCCCCUCCAGCGGACAUCAUUAUCCCCAUAUCUACAAGAAAAGGGGCAACAGAUGGGGCAAGCCAAUUCACUCUACCGGCAGAGAUGGCAACAAACACGAUCGGUUUUCCCCGAAAUGUGAAUAGGGCCGUUUUCUCCAUAUCUGCUAAUGGACAGGCCUCGGAGGAAUUCUGGUGGGGGAAUGUCCUAGAAAGUGACGUUCUCACAUUUAACAAGACAGCUGGGCAAUUGCUUGGCUUAUCUCCCUUCCGGGAGGUACAAUUGUUAAUUGAUGGCAAGCUCGCCGGGGUUCAGUGGCCGUUUCCAGUAAUUUUUACCGGCGGAGUGGUACCUAGCUUGCAUCGACCUAUAGUGGGCCUACAGGCUUUCGACUUGAGAGAGCACCAGAUUGAUAUUACACCGUGGUUACCUUUGUUGUGCGAUGGUGCUGAACACACAUUUGCCAUCAAGGUCGCUGGGUUGAAUGACUCGGGGGCAGAUACCAAUGUCACAUUAACAGAGACUGUGAACGAUAGCUGGUACGUCACUGGCAAGAUAUUCUUAUGGCUGGGCGAGGGAGAUUUGGUGACUACGGGCACUGGUCCAGAAGUCAAUAUUGUUGGGCCGACUAUUUCACUCUCACGUCAAGUUACUCAGAACGGAACAGGCUCGAAUGAAACUCUGGUCUUUGACACUAUCAUUGAGAGGACUGUGACGAUAAAAUCAACUAUCAACUCAGGAGGUCAGACCGGGGAAAGUAUAUGGACCCAGAACCUCUCAUAUUCAAAUCACGCGUUACUAUCAAAUUUUGGUAGCAGUCAAAUCAACAAUCUCACCAUUAUCGGAGAGGAUCUUGCCACCAACCCAGGCACCUCAUACAAGACGAUUUAUUCCUACCCAUUAUAUUGCAAUCAAACAUACUCAAGAUCGGCACAGGGCAACAUAUCAAUCAAUGCGCACCUGAUAGAAGGGCUUGAACUUCAAAUUGAAGGGCAAUCGAUUUUCCCGACAGGCCUCGAAGCAUUUGAGGAAAGCAUCGCGGCGUCGAAGAAUUCGUACAUCGCUUCACAAUUAAAAACGCAUCGCGAUGGUACCGCAUUUUUCUUUCAGACUGGAGAUGGGAGGAAUAGUUCUGGCUACGGUACCACUAACCAGAUAUUCAGCUUUGGUGGUUCUAGGAAGGGCGCUACACUCGAUUUAGAAGAUGAUUUCAACGAGCUAUACUUCAGGAAUGUUACGGCAGUAAACGGCACUAUCGUCUUCGAUUCCGAAAGAAAAACAGGAGUAGAGGUCUAUAACUUCGUUCAACCACCAAGAUUGGAUGGUUACGCCGAUGCAUCGUUGUCAUUGUUUGCUCUCGUUUCUGAUAAGGAAACACAACCAAAGGGGUUCAUGGGCGAUGAUGCACACGAACGGCCUUCAGCACAAGUCCAGAUUUCCUAGGAUCAUUCAUAUUAUUCUAACAGCCCAUAGAAAGUUAUAAUAAUUAUAAUUUUUUAUCUUGUUAUUUACGAGGAAUCUUCCAGUCUGAUGUUCCACAAGCGGAUAACCCAUCUCUAAAAGAGUUGAUCUGACAUCCCCACUUAGUUCCUGGAAGUAAAUAAACCGUGGCGAGGUGGAGAUAUACCCCUUUCC